UUCGGGCAUGGUACCCGAUGUUCCACUCCGUAAAACGAACCAGAAUGAUCAGCCUGAAGCAUAUGACAAAAUAUCACGCAAUAAUAUUCCUGGUAGCUGUGUAGUAAGAGGUGGCAAGCAGCCCCUUUUUAUAGCGCGCCUGAAAGAGGGCGUGGCCAGGGCCCAGAGGGCGGAGCCUGCGUGGGGCGGCGGGAUUUCCCGCCUUGGGUGUAGACAGCUCGAGCUUCCUCUCUUCUCUUGGUGGGCCUUCUUCGGACCCAGUGUUGUUGGAAGGGCGUGGUGGGGUGGGAGGCUUUCUGUUUUCCCACUUUACCCUCCCUACUCGGGUUCCUGGAGGACAGUUCCGGUCCGGCUCAGGGGUACAUUGGAGGGCGUGGGAGGAGGGACUUGGGGCAGCCACCGCCUUCCCUAACCGACCCUUUUCGUCGCCUCAGCGGCGCGGCCACAGGACUUUGCUUUUGAGGUGCACAGUCUUAUUGCCGGGAUCGGAGGCACCGUUAACCAUUCCCCUUAGCAUUUGCAGAGUUAAGCCAGGUGGAAGUCCCACGAAAAAGAUGGCAUCAGGAGAUUAUUGCUUACCUGGAGAGGGCAUGGAAUUACUCCAGCAAGUGUGCAGCAAACAGCUGCCACCCUGUAACCUGACUGAAGAAGACCUCUUGCAGAACCCUCAUUUUAGCAAGCUCCUGCUAAGUCUCUCUCAGUACAUGGAUGAGAGUGGUUUAAGCACUACCCUUGCAGAAGAGCAAGCUGAGGCAUGGAAGGAGGUCCGACUGCAAAAGACAGCAUGGCUAAGGUCAGAGAUUCUGCAGAGACUUAUACAAGAAAUGCUUGUAGACUAUUACGUAAAGACACAGGACACAAAUCUCACCCCAGAGGAUAAGAAGUUUCAUGAAUCCCUUGAACAAAGAUUACUAGUGACUGAACUGACUCGACUUUUGGAUCCAAGCCAAAAGAAAGAGAAGCCACCUUUGCUGGGCCUGGAGAAGUCAGACUUGCUGGAACUGAUGCCCCCUUCAGAGGAUUUUGUGAGAAUGAGGGAGUGUCUGCAGCCAAAAAUUGAGGAACAACUGAAGAAGAAAUGUUUCACUCUGCUCUGCUACCAUGAUCCCAGUUCAGAUUCUGAUAGUGAAACAUUGAAAGCAGCAAAGGUAUGGCAGCUGGCAGAUGUGCUGACAAGUGAGAAGCAGGAAAACCAGAAUGCUAAGAAACAGCAGAAGGAACAAACAGUACUACUUGAAAAGCAAAGUUCCACCUAUUCUCAGGUACUCCUUAGAUGUCUUUCACUGCUACAGAGACUUCUUCAGGAACACCGACUAAAAACACAAUCAGAGCUGGAUCAGAUUAAUGCCCAGUACUUGGAAAUCAAGUGUAGUGCCAUGAUUCUGAAGUUAAGAAUGGAGGAGCUACAGAUUUUGUCAGACACUUACACAGCUGAGAAGGUAGAAGUUCAUCGCCUCAUUAGGGAUAGUCUGGAGGGGGCCAUUCGCCUACAGGAGCAAGACAUGGAGAAAUCACGCCAGGUCUUGAGCACUUACGAGGUGCUAGGUGAGGAGUUUGACAAGCUGGUGAAGGAGUACACCCAUUUGAAACAGGCAACUGAGAACAAGCGCUGGGCUCUUCAGGAGUUUAAUAAGUCUUACCAUUGAGUUUUGCAGAAAUUAAGGACUUAAGUGGCAUACAUUGUUUCUGUCCUAUUUCUCCUAUAAAAGUAUUGCCUUCUCACUUCUCAAAAUGGGGGAUGAGACACCAUUCAAUACAGUAAGAACUCUAAUGGAUGGGGCAUUCUCUUAGUUUCUGUCCUGUUCUUGCCUCCUCCUAGGAACAGAUUUGCACAUUUUGUGGUCUCUUAAGAAAAUCAGUCCUGCCUUUUGCCCAAUUGUUCCCUAAAUAAAAUGAUGAUAAUGGUUUCCUGAA